AUGGAAAAGGUACGGAAGACCUAUUUCGACCCUUUGGCUACGACCAAGGGUCAGAUACGCGACGUUCUAGAAGGCCUUCCCGAAGGUUCAGCACAUCCUUUCAGCCCCGAAGGCAUCUUGUUAUGUCGCACCAAAGACGGGAUUGAAGAGAUCCUCAUCUCUGGCCACAGCGAAGAAUUCUUCUACAAUGCUGUGGAUUUGGGAGAGAUGGGCGAGAUCCUGCUGCGGCGGAUGGAAGGCUUCAAAAUUAACCUCGGUAUAUUUAACGACUUUCAGAUCAUGCAGGCUCCCUCUACCACGUUCAAGGUCCCUAUUGCAUCAGGAGAAAAGAUCUCCAUUCUAGCAAUCUCGGAACGAUAUCCUACAUACUACGACUUGUGCUUUGGUGAAGAAAAUUACAGCACAUCUUGCUGGUGCUCUCCGUCGAUAAUCGCAGGCAUCACACACAGUGGUGAUCGUACCACCGGAAAUGACCUUCUUCAGUACGCUUCACUGGAUAAGAAUAAGUUAACAGAAAAACCUGUCUGUGUUUUCAUUUCUGGUUACUUGAGGACCGAGAUUACACGCUUCCUAGGAACUCACCCAGCACUGAUGGUGGCAGACUAUGAGGAAAAGACAUUGUACAUCGUCCCAGUCCCUCUGGACAAGGCAACUAUCGGCGACGCAAUCCUUUGCUGCCCUUUAGUGGUAAAGCGCGAUGGGGACUCACUAGUGUGCUCAAUACUCCCUCGAGCCACGGUAGAUUCAACAAACACGUGUGAGGGACGGCGCACUGAGACCGCUUGCUUCUCUGAAGCUAUUUCCAGCGCCGAUUUCACCAUCACUGCCCCUCAGGAAGAACCUGUCCAGAUGGCAGAGGAGAAAGAAGUUCCAGAGCCGACUCUAAUAGAGAUCAAGGGUGAACCUUUGAAGAAGCGCAAUGCUAUCAUCACCACAGAUCCUGACGCACUUCCUGAUCUGGUCAGUUACUCUGACGUGCAGAUAAUUCGAUUUGGUGCGGGUCUCGAAUUCGUUCAUUCGGAAAACACCGUCGAAGAAGACAAGGACAAGUCUGCCGUCAUCCUUCCCUGCAUCUUCGGCUCUCGAAUAGAAGGGCCAGUACUUCUCGCUACCGGAAAGACUCCUAUCAAUGUCCCAUUCAACGAAUCCAAGGCUCUAUGUGCUUACUACGAACAACUCGAUAACGUAGUCGUUGUCGUCAAUGAAAAGAUGACCGACAAUGCACGAAACUUGGCCCCUAGUUUGCGAAUAAAUGCCCUGUUCAUUGUACAGCUGGAGACCAAAGAAGAGCUUGAAACUGCUACCCAGAUAUCCGAUGCGUUGAGUACAGCAAAUAUCAACGCUGUAACUGCAUUGGCAGGACCACAUUCACUAAUUUUGGCUCAGGCUGGCGACAAGUUCUACUUCUACCGCGGUCUUGCGAACCCAAAGGUUCUAGAUACAUCCAAGAUCGAAUUUGGAGCUGAUGUCACGGACAUCCUCAAGGCCGCUGAUCCAUCGUCUCUAUUGGUUGCCAACAUCUCGAGACUGUUUGACCUUGAAAAGGACAACAGCGUUGUUCUGCCCUAUACUUCCCAGGUCAUCAAGACUCAUGAAUUGGCAAACAUGUUCGAGAAAAUGACUAUUGACCAGGUGACGGCCAUGCAUCAUGAUAUCGCUGUGGUCGUCCCCCAGCUUCAGGCUCUUCUUAAUGAGAAGGAGCUUCAGCGUUUGUCCAAGGAGCUCGUCGAGACGCUGUCUACCAAGAUCGACAAAUUGAUGAGCCCUAUGCGAAACGAGUAUGCCACCUACCUUAUCACAGAAUUCAAUAUCAACGACAGGGAAUCUGUGCUCAAGAAGAACAAGAUGCUGGGCGAGUUACGAAAGGCUAGCAAGCAGACUCAGAGUUCCCUGAAGACAGUGAUAUCGAGCUUGACGAAUAUGAUGUCGUCUCAGACAACUUCGAAGAGAACACAUGAUAUGAAGAGGCUGAUUCGGAAGACUCAAAUCAGCAAUAAUGUGGAGGCCACCAAGUCGAUGACUUUUGAAAGUCUAACGGAGCUGUUGGAGACCCACGCCCAGGAUAUGGGCGUCAUGUUUAUCAACAUUGAGACAACACCAUACCAGGAGCUUUUACGAAAUCUGAAGGGUACUAUUAUAGAUGCCGAACCGGUUUGUGCUCUGGAUGAUCGGAUCCUCUACCUUGACGGCUUUGAUGCAGGCAUCAUCAUGGAACAGUCCCAGAGCGAUCACGCCGGCCCUCUACGAAGUCAGUCUGGCCCAAAACACCCUAUACUUGCGCUGCCUUACCUCAACAAGACCCGCGGAGAAGGUUCCAUGCUCGCAUGGGUAUGCUGGGAUGAGUUUGUCAACCUGGAGAGCCCGUAUACCGUGCGUUGGAUGGAAAAGUGCAACGAGCCUCACAUCGCUGCACUACGAAUCAUGAUGCGAAGCACCCUGAGUCAGGCUGUGGUUUCACGAGAGUUUGAUUUCCAGCCUGGUUCUCCCCAGAUCGGCCAGUUGAUGAGUUCACUACUCAUGGCUGCUAUGGAGAAGCUGGCAGGAAUGAGAACCUCAGCGCCUGUGGUCCUGGAUACAGCGGAAGAUACUGUUACAAGGUUAAUGAGAGGGUUGUUCGGUAAUCUCAUGACUACAGCUGGAUCCGGAGUCCGACCUUUGAGUAUGGUUUGGCAGCUCUUCGGUCUCGCUCCACAGUACGACAUUCCUACCUCCAAUACUGAUUGGGCAUGGUAUGAGAACGUCGUCAAGCUAUAUCCUUACACCGGAUGGCCAUUGAAGCAGUUCCACGAUAAUCUUGCCAGUCUUCUUGACAAGAUCAUCCUACGGGUCAUCACCAAGAACGAGGACACGGCUCAAAUCAAAAUGAGUGCCGCUCUAAGUAUGCUCGAGUACUGUCAGCUUCGAAACAUCCAGCUUGAGCACUGCCGCGCCAUUGUUACCGUGUUCGAGAAAAUGUUUGCCAACGACGAGGCGGAUAUCGCAGUUAUUGCUCAGCGGCUGUUAGAGAACGUCCCCACCAAGCUGGAGAAACAGACAUCAGGAUUUACAAAGAUGAUACGGUAUCUGAGACAUCUGUCCAAGGGUGGCGAGAGGCGCUCAGCGGACGAUCUCGUCUAUGCUAGCGUGUAUACAAAGCGAUCCGCGGCAUUCAAAGAACUCAAGACUACAAUUGCUGAAGCAUGCGAGGAAAAGGACUGGCACAAGGCAAAGACAAACUGCCAGGCCCUUUUGGAUGAGCACAAGGAGAUUGCCUUGUUUUGGAAGGUUGACCCUGGGAAGCUGAAGAUUCAGAACAUACACACUUAUCACGAAUUGAUCGGCGCAAACUUGUCAGAGGAUGCAGACCAGGCGACAAAGGUCAAGACAAGGAAGAUCGUACAGAGGAUCCUGGAUGAUGCAGAGAAGACGAGAAUUGCUUGGCAGGUUGGCAAGGAUGCAGAAAAGAAUGGCAUUGAGCCCCUUGACGAAGCCUUCCUCGAGUUAGUCCUCACUGGAAAGAAGUCCGGCACAGAAGAAGAGGACACUUCUCAGGCAGUCGCUGGACCUGCUCCCGUCGACGUAGGGGAAUUUUCAGAGUUUGAGGGCUCUGUUGUUCCCAGUUUUAUCUCUACCAUGGAGAAGGAUAUUUCCUCUGAGGACGUGUGCGAAAUCCUCAAUGUACCCGUUUCUACAAUGAGGGUGUUCAUCAAGGCUUUGAACCCUGAUUUUGAGUGGGAUGACUUGGGACAGCAGUUCAAGAUGGUAAUUUUGGGGCUUUUGAGGAACAGGAACAACAGGGUGGAGAGUAGACCUGCUUCUAGACUGUUGCGGGUUCUGUGA